CAGAUAUAUGUUGCAAUCUUGGCUAGACUAAGUUCAUUCGCGCCCUUGUGGACCCAUGGGGCGGUCCAAAGACAGGAUCAAAAGAUGGCAUCAGGGAGAGGCGCGCGAGCACCAGCCGCCCUGAACCGUGCUAUUGCACCCGAGUAACCGGUGCCCGGCAUUGACGGCGCGAUACCCCUCGUCGACCUCAAAUCUCCACUCGCAACUUCGCACAGCUCCUCGUCCGCGUCUCCGAGAACUUCGUUCUUGUUCCUUCUCUCUCAUAUUCUUCUGCCAGAAAGUUGCGUCGUGCUCAUAGACCAGAAUGUCUUCCGACGACGAGACCAGUUCCGGCGAGUCGGCCCCCAUGCGCUUCUGGAGGAUUCCCCGCCCCAAGCGCAGGUAUCUCAAGAAGCAGCUUCCACUGCUCAAGGAGGAGUCUAGGAUAUGCAUCGAGAACUUCCUCGACUAUCGUGCUGCACGCACCCGCGCCGAGUUCCCUCGCAGUCGCAGUGCUGCCGUUCUCAUCGCGCUGUUUGUUGGAAGAGAAGGAGACCUCUAUGUUCUCCUCAGCAGGCGCGCUGCUGAGCUGAGGACGUAUGCUGGCGACACCGCGUUACCUGGAGGCAAGGUUGAGCCCGAGGAUAGAUCCAUCGAGGAUACCGCUAGACGUGAAGCAUACGAGGAGAUCGGACUGCCACAGGAUAGAGUAAAGGUACCAUUGCUAUGCGUGAUGGAACCUUUCCUCGCCAGGAACCAGGUGAUUGUCACUCCCGUCGUCGUUUUGAUCCUCGACAAGACCCUCCAGCCACAACUCAACGGGUUCGAAGUUGCGACUCUCUUCUCCCACCCGCUCAGGUCUUUCCUCGACUCGACACCGCCGUUCCCUGCUCCCAGAAGCGAACCAUACCACACCUGGUCCGACCACGCCUUCGGCGAGACAGGUACUACACGUGUUCACCGUUUCCUCACUGGACGCGAAGCAGGCGGGAUCAAGCCCGUCUUCGGUCUCACCGCUAAUAUUCUCGUCGCCGCCGCCUCCCUCGGAUACGGCCGCCCUCCCUCGUUCGAAGCCCAACCUCCCAACGCACCCACACCCCGCCAACAGAUCGCACGCGCCAUCAUCAUGCCCGGAAGCGCACUCAACGAAGCCUGCCGCACGGAGGGCAUCAGCCCCGACGACGCCGCUGGCCGCUUGCUCCGCCCGCCGUUCGCAUUCAACGCGCCCCGCGUGCUUGAGUGGGCUAGAAUCGGCGCUCAGUGGGAUGACCUGCUGAGCGACGACGAGGAUUCGCCAGCGCCCAAAGCGAAGCCCAUGAUUGAUGCAACUCAGUUGGCUGUCCCUGCGCCUACCGCACUCGCGGAUCCCGCGUCCGCUGCAGACGUCGUCGAUGCUGCGACCCGCCGGGGCUUCGUCCCGCCCAAGAUCCCCACCCCUCCUACCCCGCCGACGCC